AAAACGUGGAAUUGAUGAUAAGAUUACAGUUCAAGUGAAUAAGAAGAAAAAAACAAAACCUAGAGACACAAUACCAACAGAAGUGCCUCAUAUUACUUUCAAAAAUAUUGUCGGAAUGGAGAGCACAUUAUAUGAAAUAAUUCGGCAUGCAUUUCCCCUAAAGAAUCAAGAUGUAAGAGAAUAUUUCGGCCCUAAACGCCGCAUAGGUUAUUUACUAUAUGGACCUCCUGGUUGUGGUAAAACUCUUUUGGCCCACGCAAUUGCUGGACACUUCGGUUACCCACUCAUAAAAGUUGCUGCUCCAGAACUUGUAGAGGGAAUAUCAGGAAAUAGUGAAAAGUUGAUAAGAGAUCUUUUCAAAAAAGCUAUUGCUUCGGCUCCCUGCGUUCUCUUCAUUGACGACAUCGAUGUCAUUACCAACAAUAGGUUGAAUUCUCAAAAAGAUAUGCAAAAGAGGAUUGUUUCACAAAUCAAUUGUUGCCUGGAUGACCUUGCAACAAAUCCAUUGGCGGGAAAAGUAGUAUUGAUUGGCGCAACAACUAAUCCAGAUUCAAUGGAUCCAGCACUGAGGAGGAAUGGAAGAUUUUCGCGUGAAGUUAGGUUAGGUAUACCAUAUAUAUUAUAUUGAGUAUAAAAAAAAACGGUUUACCAUCAAUCAGAAUCUAGUGAUUUUCAUACAUUUCUGAGAAUUGGUUUUCGAUAAGAACGUUCAGACUAGUUACUCAUUUAUUUCUUAUGAACAGACUACAAUCAUUUCAAAUAUCAUUACUAUCAAAAGAUAGUGUGUGUGUUCACCACACAAAAAUUACAGAACUUCAUACCCGAUUAUAUAGCCUAAUAAUAUAGUUGUGUUAUUUCAUUGAUAAUUAUGACUAUUUUUUUUCAUUGCAUAUUUAUGAUUUAUGAUUUUUGUCAAUUAGCAACAUACUUGAGAUUUUGUUUCAUAAUUUUGGAAUCAAUGAAAAAAAAAGUAUUUACUACAUUUCCCAGUUUCUCUUGUGUAGCCUCUUGUGUGGCACCUAGAACUUCUUCUUCUUCUGGGAACCUUCGUAUAUAAGCAGUUUACCAGGUAUUCAUCUUCAAUAGUACUUUCUGAGGUACUGGGAAUGAUUCUAACCGAAGACAAAUCCGAACUUUGUGGGACGAGUUUUAUAAAUUGCUGUUUUGAGCCCGUUUGUAACAGCCGAGAAUUCUCUGGAAAAUUCUCUAGCAAAUUUUGGUAAGAAAACGGCAGAGAUUAUUUUGUAUGCAACUUAACUACCGAAGGUGCGUAUGUAACGGUAAAGAAUUCACGGCGCAUGAAACCUCGAGUAAAUUUUCUAGAGAAUUCUCGGCUGUUGCAAACGUGCUUUAGAUAAACCAUUGCUGGACAUCCAGUUUCAUAGGCUCCUGUAUUUUUCAGUAAAUAAACCAAUCUACCUAUGAGGAUUUCUUACUUGUCUUCUGAGAACCUUCGUAGAUAAGCAGUUUACCAGGUAUUCAUCUUCGAUAGUACUUUCUGAGGUACUGGGAAUGAUUCUAACAGAAGACAAAUCCGAACUUUUUGUGACGAGUUUUCUGAAUUGUUAUUUUAGAUAAACCAUUGCUGGACAUCCAGUUUCAUAGGCUCCUGUAUUUUUC